GAGUAUUUUAUCAGUUAGUGUAGCCUAAAAAUAGUUGUCCUUCAGUAUAAAAUAAAAGUUUUUAGUCAGUCCCGCACAGUCAUUUAUCGACAGCCAUUUUGUCUAAUUCAAAAAUGGGAGUUGUUAGCAUUCUUCUUUUGUUAACAUCAAUGAUUGUAGCCCUCAUACAUAUAGAGGUUGAUGCUAAACCCGUAGAAAUAACUUCUGCGCAAAAAGCAGUUGCACAAUCAUACUUAGAUAUCAAGACUGGAGAUGGACAUAAGUCUAAAGAAGGAAGUGGAUAUGGAGAUAAGUCUAAAGAAGGAUCAACCUGGUCCAGUACUGCAGCAAUUGCAUGGUGGCCAACUUCCACUGCAUCUGGGGCAGAUUCUAAAUCCUCAUGGUCUGAAAAUGAUUCUUCGUCUUGGUGGCCAAAUACUUCGUCAGUUAGUGAAGUGACUGAAGCAACGAGUCAUAAUUCUUCGUGGUCUUCCGGCGGUGGUGGAUCUAGUUCUUCGUGUGGUCACCAGUCUUCAGAAGAAAGUGAAGAAGAAUAGAAUGCGAACUACUGAAGUGAUGUUCACGUUAUAUGUUUUUGAAAAUUGAGACAUGUUGGAAAAAUAAAAAUAAAUAUGCCAGUAAAUUGAA